CUGAGGGAAAAAUCCCGUUGCGAAAUCAAGCACGUAUGUUGUCAUUUUCGCAACGACCCGUUGUUAUAUUUUUCAACAACGGCUGUUGGUGAAUUGUGCACGAACGUGCUCAAAUUGACACCGAGACGUGGUCAACUUUCGGUACCAACAACAGCCGUGCUUAAUUUGUCCAUUUGUAAUAUUGGUAAUUGCAGCCGAUUACACACGAGUAAAAAAUGACAACGGUGGUGCAUGAUUCACACACGGUCGUUGUCAAUAUGACACCGGUCGUGUAUGAAUUAUGCACCACCACCUGCAUAAUGAUGCACCACCGUUGUUACUUUGUACACCGACGUGCAUGAAUCGUACACGAUCGUUGCCAUUUUAGCAACUACCGUGUAUGAAUCAUGCACCACCGUUGUCAUUUUUUUUACUCGUGUGCAAUCGGCUGCAUAUUUACCAUUUUUUCCGUGUUAUUGAAAGAGAAAGGACGCAUUGUGCAAAAAAUUUAUUGAAAAUGAAUAAUAAUUCGCAAGAUCCUCAAAAUAUCAUUGGUGAGUUGUUAGAAAUCGAUGGCAAUAUUGUUGUGGUUCGCGAUACAAACCAUUGCAGCAGUCAAGAUGCGGAAAACAAUGAGGACGAUUAUAUGUUAAGGGAGUUCUUAAAAGGAAUAAAUAUGGAGUCGCUUUUUGAACAAUUAAAAGCAUCACAUGUAACAUUUCGCAGCUUGCAGUACUUGAAAAAAGAAGAUUUAAAGGAAGCAGUGCCACCAUUGGGACUGCGUGUUGAAUUCAGAGAAAAGCUCUUUGCUUGGAAAAAACGAAAGCUCGGGAUUGAUGACGAAACUAUGUCAGUUCCAUCUAAAAUAGGUGAAUGGUGGAAACGCAACGAGACACCUGCAAGUACUCCUGGUACUCCCGACACUACAGGUUCGAACUGCUCAAAAGCCAAAGGAAUUUUGUCAGAGGAUCUAACGGAAUUGUUAACACAUACCUCGAAGGGGAAACUAGCGCUUGAAUGUAGUAGCGUUAAUAAGAAAUUAAGUGACGAGCAAAGAGAUGAUAUAAUUAAUAUAAUUAUUGAAGAUAUUUUAACCAACAAUGUUACUCUUUACACUCAAGACUAUAUGCGCAUAUUGGAUGAAAUUUGUUCCGUUUUUCCUCUUGAAAACGAAAUGAGGGAUUAUUAUUACAUUUCAAGAAAAGGAAAGAACAACGCAAGCGGAAAACUUUAUGCCAAGUAUAGAAACAAGAAGUCCAAAAGAAUAAAGCUUUUGAUUUCCGAGCCUAGCACAAGCAAAGCAGCAACUCACACAUCUCCUAAUUUUUGUAACAAAGAUGUUCCCGAAAUUGAUGAAUCAGUUGAAAAUUCAUUGAAAGCUUCCUUACUAAGAGAAUGUAAUGAUUGGGGAUCGAUCUGCGAAAAAUGGAAAAGAUCUUUUAACAUACGGCAAAGAGAUAUAAAAAAUUUAAGUAGCCAUACAUUUCUCCUUGAAUGGACGAAGUUGUCCGAUGCAAGAGCUUCAGAAUUGGUCAACAUUGAUUUCGAUAUUAUGUAUCCACAGAAAGGCAAUCUUCUACUUUCUAAAUGGGACCAAUUUAAGAAAAAAAUUUACAAUUAUUAUGGGAAAAAUAUUCAUAACGAACAUUGCAAACAACUCUUCGCAAAUGUUUUGACGGCAAGCAGCAUAGGUAAAUUUUAAUUCCUGAUUUAUCAUAAACAUUAAAAGUAAUAUUUAUUUUAUAUUUCGGUUGCAGAUGCUCAAGAUUAUAUAUACGCAAUACUGUUGAAUUCAGUUUUACCAUCACCUGCUAGGUUUAAAUGUGGAAACGGUAAAUUACGAAAAAAAGUAACAAUAGCUGAUUCGCAGGAAAGUUUCGUACUGCGACUACCGACAAUUAACGAUUAUAAAAGGCAAAUUGAUACAGUCACUGAAAAGUAUUACAAUGCUGGAUUAACUAUACAGCCAUUUAUAAUUGUGGAGGGUUUGUCCGAUUUCAAUAUAAAAGGUUUUUAUGUUUUUUUUAACCACAAUUUGUUAAAAUUUCAAUCGUUCCUCGAAUGUUUAGAUACAUGUUUUAAAAUUUUUCAUGCACUUUCUUUAAAAUAUCCAAAUGCCUGCCAAAUUCCAUGGAUUUUUAUCCAAAAAUAUUUUUAUGAAAUUAAUACUGUAUAUGAUAUAAAAUCAGUUAAUUUGACUUCACUUAUUAAUUUCUGCAACAAUAAUUAAAGUACAAUUCAAAAUGUAUAUUUGCUUUCGUUGCCGUAAGCAUUUUGAUAAGGCAAAUCUUUUAAUAGCUCAUUUGAAAACAGACCAUUUAAUGUCCACUAAAUUUUUAAAAGUACAAUGCGUUCAGGACAACUGUAAGCAAACAUUUACAAAAUUUACGUCAUUCAGAAUUCAUUUAGAAAAACUUCACAAGAAUCACACAAAAGCUCCACCAAUGGUUAAAGCCAUUAAUGUGCCAGUUGAAAUGUCAUCAUCAAAAGAAAAUGAUUAUACAAACAGUGAAACUGUUAUUAACAACAAUACAAUAGAAAAGGA